CGGCAAGACGGAGUUGUGAUCCACGUCGUCCAUGGCAAGACCAAUCAAUCGGAUAUCGGCCAAAGUUAUUUCCGUUCGGCGGGAUCAACUUGCACGGACCACAUCAGCCUAAAGGAUCCGAUCACCACAGGUAGUUACGAUACGUACCUCAUCGUAAAACAACAAGCUAUCGCGAACCGCGACGACGACCCGUGGGGAACGGCUUUGCGGUCUCGAGACUGUCCUUCCCGUAUGGGUCAUUCCAAUCGUCCCAAGAUGCGUUGAGUUGUUGCAUGUACAUACACUCUCCCACAUAAGGCAUCCUGCGCGGCUGUGCCGAUCGGAAGCCGGAACUGCUCUCAUCCCCCGAUGUCAUCCUUUCAUUUCUGAGCACCAUGGAACCGGAUAACACCCACCUCGAGUCUGGGGCGCGCGCAAUGCAGGAAUUGGGGGCCUUGGCUUGUGUCACCUGCCGCUCCCGCAAACUGAAGUGUGAUCGAGUAAAGCCGGCCUGCGGCCGCUGCUUGAAGGCGAACGGGGACUGCGUGUAUCCCGAGUCGAGGAGAAAACCGGCCGCUAAACGUAGAAAUGUCCGGGAACUGGAGGAGAGGUUAGCACAAGUCGAAGGUCUCCUCAGGGAGUCCGGCACAUCCACCACCGCUGGUCCUCCCAAUGCUGGGCGCGGAGGCCCAUCGUUCGGGCGUCAUGAUGGCUUCCCGGCUGACGUGGAAAGCCUACUAGCAGGGGAAGUUGGGCCUCCAGGAGUCCGUCCGGCGUCAGACGGGACGACACCCGAGCUGCCCGUUAUGCCCGAUGGUCACCCGCAAAGUGAUUUCUCGAACAUCGCGUUCACGGCGUCCGCGUCUCCCGGGGAAAUCAUAGGCCUCGGUCAGUUCGAGUUCCUUCCCCCUGUGGAACUGAUGGAAGAUUUGAACAACACCUAUUUCCAACGACAACACCAGUUCUUCCCCAUCGUUCACCCUGGUCGGUACUUCCAAUCGUUCUACUCGGUGCCGCACAUGCGACCCCCGAUGUGUCUCCAAUAUGCCAUCUGGGCCCUCGCAUCCAAUGGACACGAGAAGUACUCUCGAUAUCACGACGUUUUCUACAAACGAGCUCGGCAAUACGCAGAUGCAGAUGAGCUGCGCGACACUGGUGAACAUUUUGUGAGAGUGUCCCAUGCCCAGGCGUGGGCGCUGAUCGCCACAGACGAAGCGCGCAGCAUGCUUUUUACCCGAGCCGCCAUGAGUUCGGCAAAGGCGAUACGACUGGUUCAGAUGAUGGGCCUCCACCGAAUAGAUGGCGAUGGCCAUGAGAUGGCUCCGACUUUGGCGCCGCCUAAGGACUGGACGGAGGUCGAGGAACGCCGAAGGGCUUUCUGGGGUGUCUUCUCUAUUGACACACAUGCCAGUCUCUCAACGGGUUGGCCAACGCUGAUCAACCCAGCCGAUAUUACCACCACCCUCCCCGCGUCAGAGGAAGCUUUCAACGAGGGCAGGGACGAGAAGACGUGCACCCUCCCGGAAGCGAUCAAGGGAGCGUCGUACUCUACGUUUGGGGGGACCAUACUUCUCUGCCACAUAUACAACGAAAUCCUCGCCCACGUUCAUCGCUCCAAACCAAACGCGCACCCAGAAGACGUGCAGUACGGCGAGUUUUGGAAGAAGCACCGAGAGCUGGAUAAUAUGCUCUCCAGCACGUUCAUGUUCCUGCCCCCUGCGUUUCGGUCUCCUCAGAACCUCAGGAAUCCUCCGGCCGUACAUGCCAAUCUGAACCUCCACGCGUCCGUCAUCUGCCUUCAUCAUGCCGCGAUAGAGAAGAUCGACACCUAUAAUCUCCCUGAAUCCUUGCGCGUCGCCUCGAAACUCCGCCUACGGAUGGCGGCUGAGGAAAUUGUCAACAUUAUUCGACUGAGCAGCCACAAUAUUAGCUCCGGAUAUAAAAGCCCGCUUGCCGCGUUGUCGAUGUAUUGCGCCGCUUCGGUAUACGUGUACAUUGCGAAGCUAGACCCGCAGGCGGGCCUCGCCGAUUCCGACAUGAGCAACCUAGAGCUCAUCUUUCAGGCGAUGGAAGCUAUUUCCCGAACGCACUUUAUAACACGAAGCUUCCUUCAGCAGCUCUGUGCCGAUGUUGAGCAAAACGGUCUGAGUUCCGUCAUUCGCUUGCCCAGCCUAGCCGAGUACCGCAACCCUUUCGGUUGGCCGUCGUCCAAUAUUCCUCUUUUAGCUAGGAAUCAUCUCUCAAAGCACACCGACAUCCAGACGCCAUUACCAGGGAGGUUGCCACUCGAAGUUCAGACUAGCGCUUACGAACCGUCUCCCCCUCGGAGGCAGCAGAAAGUGGAUGCCAACAACAGUCGAGAUGGUCACGGCGGAGUUGCCACAAACUCCAACAUGUCGAAUAAGCGGAAACGGGUGUCGCCGGCGCCAGAUGCUCCGGAUAGGGCGACGGGCUACAGAGAACGUUCGUUUGACUACGUGUCGUCUGCCGCAUUGAUGCAGGCUCGGAACAAGAACGAUUCCGGAGGCCGCGGGGCGUAUGGCGGCGGCGGACUGCUAAGGGCUACGGGGACGACGCCGAUGACCAGCAACAGCCAGGCUGUCGACUUGCCACACCGCAGAAAUCUGGCAGCAGCAUCGUCUUCAGUUUUAUCCAAUGGCGGCGACAACACAACCUCGUGCACCCCGACGGGAAACAGUAAUGACUUUCGGGAAAAACACCACAGGACAUCACAGAACGACCAGGAACGACACUCCAGGGAUGGCGCGGGCAGUCGAUUAGGGACCGGGGGUGUGGGCUUUGACAUGCCAAGUAACUAUGCAUCAUACACGCAAAACGCAGGCCUAUUCAACCAAACAAGGUUUGUUGUUGACGCCUCGACAGGUCUUGAACCAUGGCCUCUCCCGACGCCGUCAAACAACGACAUUGCGUGGCCGACGGGAAACGAAACGGGUCAUGGUCCCAAUUACUAGGGUACACCGAAUACGACCAAAACCCCAAGCGCAAGCUCAUCGGGGGAUUCUCAUACUUUCGAGGUGGUACGAAUCCGGGGAUGGCUCUUGCGACUGAGACGUGGAGCUCUCCAUGUUUCAGAACGGAGAGUUCGGGGGGGGACGUGGGUCUACAGAUACGGAUUCUUCGCU